CUUACCUACGUCAUAAAAUAGUGACGGUCAACAGGUCAUUAAAACAGGAAGUAUAAAUUUGUACAGCUGAUGGAUUUGAUGUAUGAUAAGGUUAUCUGGAUAACCGAUCAUUCAAGAAUUUUAUUCAUAUAAAUUCAUAAUUGGCUCUAGUAGUCUAUUCUAUUUCCUCGUUAAACACUUUAACUUAAACCUUUGUUGCUCAACUACCUACAUUAUCAGUACAGACAUUUUUGUUGAAGUGAUUCUAUUAUAGUCUAAUUUUAAUCAAUUGAACGUACAAAAAAUAUGGCCCGCGUUUUGGUUGGAGUGAAGAGAGUAAUCGAUUAUGCGGUAAAGAUUCGUGUCAAACCAGACAAAUCAGGUGUAGUGACCGACGGCGUUAAACAUGGGUUAAAUCCGUUUGACGAAAUUGCUAUCGAAGAAGCCGUUCGUAUGAAAGAAAAAAAAAUAGCGUCUGAGGUAAUCGCAGUGUCAUGCGGAUUGCAGCAAGCUCAAGAAUCCUUACGUACGGCCCUAGCCAUGGGUGUCGAUCGUGGUAUUCACGUAGAAGUACCACAAGCACAAUAUGACACACUACAGCCCUUACAUGUGUCGAAGAUUUUGGCAAAGGUCGCACAAGAUGAGAAAGUCGACGUCAUCAUUGUUGGUAAACAAGCAAUUGAUGAUGAUUCUAAUCAGACGGCUCAAAUGACUGCAGCUUUGUUGCAAUGGCCACAAGCAACAUUUGCUUCUGAAGUUAAAGUAGAAGGUAACGAAGUAGUAGUGAAAAGGGAAAUUGAUGGUGGGUUGGAAACUAUAAAAGUGAAAUUGCCAGCUGUAAUCAGUGCCGAUCUAAGACUAAAUGAACCGAGGUACGCAACUCUACCCAACAUUAUGAAAGCAAAAAAGAAGCCGAUUAAAAAGAUCACACCCUCAGAUCUUGGAGUAGAUGUUUCACCUCGAAUGCAAAUAGUGAAUGUAGAAGAUCCACCAACAAGACAAGCAGGUUCAGUUGUACCUGAUGUUGAUUCUUUGUUAGCAAAAUUAAAAGAAAAAGGUCAUAUAUAAUGACCUUUUUUAGAUUUUUUUUUAUCAGGUUAUAUAAAUUAAAAGUCUUGUUAACCGAUUGUUUUGUGAUAUCCAGUCAAUAAUUGUAUUGUUUUUAUAAAUUGUUGGUAAAAUUGUACCCAAGUGUUAAGCUGAUAAUAUAUUUUAAUUUAUUAGUAAUAUAUCCUGAUUAUAGAAAUUUGAUUUUUAUUUUACCUGUUCAAUAAUAAUCAUUAUUUCACGUCAUAUGAGUAACUAAAGAAUUUUAAUAUACUUAAUAAAAUAUAG